GCGAAGAUUGGGAGUUAUUUUCCCUGCUCUCUGAAAAGUUAAAGUUUUGCUGAUAUAAUGGUUUAUACUUUCACCCACUUACCUAACAAAAAAUUUGUUACAUUCGAGAAUCCUUCAGUGCAAAAUCUGCUUCGAAAAUGGUCCAUGCUCGGGAGGCUGACUUGCCAGGCGUUUGUUUUCGACCAAGAAUUCAGCGAGUACCUGCUGGAGCAGUUCAUUGAGGGGUUCGUGAGGAGCCAGGCCGUGGCCAGCGGCCUGGAGGUGUGGCGGGGCUACUGCAAGGAGCCUCUAGGGCACGGGGCCAGCGUGGAGAGGGUGGAGGAGGUGCCCUGUACCAUGACCUCCAUGGCAGUGUUCCGGAGGCUGUAUGAGGCUCGGGUGGUGAGACAAGACGGGGAGAUCGUCCGCUGUCCCGAACAGUAUCACGACCAUCUUGUCAUCGACGACAAGCUCAAGAAGGUGCUGGUGGAGGAGGGCGGAGAGCUGUGGGAGGUGGUGGACGAGGAGCAGCGGCGGCAGCUGUUGGUGCGUCUCUUCAGCCUGGUGGCGCUGGGGGGUGAGUGUUGCCAGUUCGAGGACAACAUCCACCACUACCUCUCCGUCACCAGAACACUCUACAGGGACCUCGUCACGCCUGUGGUUGAGGACGGGAGGGUGAUGGUGAGCUCUGUGGCGGCCAAGUUGAGGCUCAAGACAGCAGGUGGAGUUACUGUACCGGAGGACCCAACCCACUCUCAGAACAUUCUCCUGUUAGUGAUCAACCCGCACACCCGUACCGUCCACACCCUUCUACACCAGCACGGCGUCGGCGACUUGGACUAGGGCGUCUGCCAACCUAUAUAACCUAAAAAUGCAUUUUGGUUCUACAAGGUAGCCAAUUCCAUCAAAAUCUUAAAUAUGUACCCAACUCAAUUAAUGA